UCAGCCGUUUGGUACUUCCGUAGUCUCUAGCAAAAACCCUACACAAGAUUUUCAGAUAGCAAACUUGGUGAAUUCAAUGGCGGAAAUACUUCAACCGGUUCAAGUUCUAUACUGUGGUGUUUGCAGUUUACCCGCCGAGUACUGUGAAUUUGGUGCCGAUUUCGAAAAAUGCAAACCCUGGUUGAUCCGAAACGCACCUCAACUUUAUCCCGAUCUCAUUCAAGAAUCAAAUUCGAAGGUCACUGAUGGAAUUUCAGAUCAAUUACAAUCGUCUUCGAUCACUAAUGGCACUGAACCUUCAGGUUCUUCUGCACCCAAAGAGCCGGUAAAACGACUUCCCGGUGGAAAGACAAAAAAGAAGGAGAAACAAGAAGUUAUAAUCGAGAAAGUGACCCGCAACAAGCGUAAAUCUAUCACCACCCUCAAAGGUCUCGACCUUUUCGGUGUUAAAUUGAGUGAUGCUUCAAAGAAACUUGGAAAGAAAUUUGCAACUGGUGCAUCUGUUGUAAAGGGUCCAACUGAGAAAGAUCAAAUCGAUGUACAAGGAGAUAUAGCAUAUGAUAUCGUGGAAUUCAUUACAGAUACGUGGCCUGAUGUUCCGGAAACUGCGAUUUAUUUUAUUGAAGAUGGAAAAAAGGUCCCUGCUGUGUGACUUCCAGAAAUUGAAUUAUAUUUAAUAUUUGUAAUAUGAUUUUGGCUACAAAUCAAGUUUGAAUUUGAGAGUUUAUAUUAAUUUAUGUUAAAAAUAUAUAGAUUCUCCAGAGCCA